AUGACGAGCUAUUUUCCGCCCAGUGGCAAUGCCAGUAAUGGCGUUGGUACACCGGCAGCGUCUUCGCCGUCGACUCCGCCCACGCAGCGGUCCACCGCUCUCACCAAUAGGCUCACAACCGUUCUCUCCGCCUCGUAUGCGGACUCCGACAUUCGGGACUCUCUCGAGACAUUGAGCUUGCGGGGGAUCCAAAACUCCGAAAAGACACGCCGGCUACUACGACUUGAUGUAGAGAAGGAGGUUGUGGAAUGCAAUGCAGAAAUUGUGAAGGAUUUUGGAAAGGUCGCGGAGCAACUGAGACGAAUUGGCACAGUAAUCUCAACACUGAAUCAAACAUGUGACGACAUGCGCAAACGAAUCAACCUGGCGAAGCAGGACACCACACCUGUGCUUGAAGAGGCCACCGCUCUAAUGGCGCAGAAGAAAGAGACCCAAACGAAGCAACAGCUCCUCGAGGCCUUUUCGAACCAUUUCCUUAUACCCGAGGAGGACAUUUUGGUGUUGACAUCAGCCGAGGAGUCAGUUGACGAGCGAUUCUUCGACAUCUUGGCUCGCGUCAAGCAAGUACACCACGACUGCGAGGUCCUUCUUGGCGGCGAGAACCAGCGAUUGGGUCUUGAGGUUAUGGAUCUAAGCGCCCGAAACCUUAAUUCUGCAUACCAGAAGCUUUAUAGAUGGAUCCAGAAAGAAUUCAGGUCUCUAAACCUGGAGGACCCACGCAUCAGCAGUUCGAUCCGCCGUGCUUUGCGGGUGCUAGCAGAGCGUCCAAGUCUCUUCCAUAGCUGCUUGGAUUUCUUUGCAGAGGCGCGCGACUAUGUUUUGUCUGAUGCAUUCCACUAUGCAUUGACAGAUGCUGUUUCCGGAGCUGGUGGCCCUGGCGCCGGAGGUGAUACCUCUGUCAAGCCAAUUGAGUUCUCGGCGCAUGAUCCCCUUCGGUACAUUGGUGACAUGCUUGCGUGGGUGCACUCUACAACCGUUUCCGAGCGCGAAGCGCUUGAGUCGCUAUUCGUCGAUGAUGGCGAUGAACUUGCCCGAGGGUUCCAGGCUGGCAUGAGUAGCGAGCCCUGGUCCCGGAUCGACGAAGACCAGGAGGUUACCUUCGACGGCCAGAAGGCUUUGAGUGAUUUGGUCAAUCGUGAUCUCACUGGAGUUUCCCGUGCGCUUCGGCAAAGGAUUGAGCUAAUCAUCCAGAGCCACGAGGAUCCUAUAACUUGCUAUAAAGUUGUCAACUUGCUGUCUUUCUACCGCACAACGUUCUCCAAACUGGUGGGCACAAAAUCUAACUUGGUAGAGCUGUGCCAGAACUUGGAAAAGUUCACCUUUGACCACUUCGAGACUUUGAUGCGCGAUCAGAUCAGCGCUCUGGCAGGAGACAACAUUGCUCUAUCUCCGCCGGACGAUUUAUCACCGCCACAAUUCUUGCUGGAUGCACUGGAGAAUCUGGAGUUGCUCAUGAAGAGCCAUGAAGCCUCAGUUGGACCUGAAGAGUCAUCUAUGGAUUCGAACCAAGAGAACGCCUUCACCCCCGUACUCCGAGUCGCCUUCGAUCCGUUCUUGACACUGGCCCGGGCCUCAUCAGAUGAACUCAAGACAACCACGGCACAAUGCAUAUACCGAACCAACAUCCUCUUCGCAGCCCGUCAUACUGUCUCGCCAUUCGCCUUCGCCCAAUCCACGCAUGUUCCUCCUCUAUCUGCAGCCUUGUCGACCCUUCGAAAUGACCUCCUCGACACCCAGCAUGACUUCCUCCUUGAGGCUUCAGGUCUCCAAGUCCUUCUAGAUGCCCUCGAGCCUUUCUACAAGGCCGACAAAGACUCCGACACCACUGAAAAGAAGUCCGAAAUGGCAGAACACCAAAAAACUCACCUUGCUGACUUGACCACACUACCCGCCUUCCAGCCAGAGUCCUUGAUCACAUCGAGCCAGCAACUCGAUGACUUCCUCCCUUCUGCACUGAUGGACGCAACUGAUAAUCUUAAGCGGGUACAGAGUGUUUCACUUGUACAAAGCGUCACGGAAGACGCUGUCGAGGCGUUCUGCCGGGACUUUGAGUUCAUUGAAGGGAUGAUCAUUGCCGCAGACGAAGCCAGAGGAGCCACCGAUGGUGUUACUGGAAGUGGCGGUAGUGUCAGUGGCCAGAGUGGAGGAUCCGAUGACAAUGCCGAAGCGAACAAGAAAGACAACGAAGACGCCGGAGAGGAUGAAAGGUGGAGUCUGAGAUCAUUGUUCCCUCGGACCACUGGAGAGAUCCGUGUCUUGUUAAGCUAA